AUGUCAACCAAAAGGAAGCAGUUCAAACCGAAAGCAUUCAAAGGUAAAAUUACUGCAAUGCUCUUUGAGGGCCCUGUUGUUGUUUGCGAUGUUUGUGCCAGAGACAAACAACUGCAAAAUAGCCAGGAUGAAGUGAUAGAGAACUGCAGUUCAGAUUCCGGUGAGGAAACCGAUUUGAAUUCGAAGAGAAUCAAGCAGGAGGAGUCCAAUGGUGUGCUGGAAGCUGAAGAUGGACGUGCAGUUUCUCGUGCGGAGCUUCCAUGCCCAGAGCUUGUGGCGCAAGCCGUCAAGAUUGUGUGCUGCUUCUGCAGUGCAGCAUUUUCUGAUGUGACUUCUCUACAGAAUCACACACUGCAGAAUCACCAGGUGAAAUGGUGUUGUUUGAACUUUCGAGAUCCCUUCCGAAGAAAUGAUUGUAUGGACGACUAA